AUGUCAACAAUUGGGAGCUUUGAAGGUUUCCAGCCCGUGUCUCUUAAGCAAGAGGAAGAGGACCAACCCUCUGAGAAUGACCACUUGUCCACAAAAAAGGAGAAUUUGGGCAAGGACCCAGGACCUAGGAGGAUUUCAAGACAGCAGAGUAUGACUAAAGCGACACUGUACCCCAAUCCUUAUCACCAGCCCUAUGUUUCACGGAAGUACUUUGUUACACGGCCGGGGGCCAUUGAGACUGCUGUGGAAGACUUGAAAGGUCACAUAGCACAGACUUCGGGGGAGAAGGUUCAAGGCUUCUGGCUCCUGACAGAGAUUGAUCACUGGAACAACGAGAAGGAGAAGAUCCUGCUACUCACAGACAAGACCCUCUUGAUCUGCAAAUAUGACUUCAUCAUGCUCAGCUGUGUGCAGAUGCAGCAGGUUCCCCUGAGUGCCAUCUGCCGCAUCUGCCUGGGCACGUUUGUUUUCCCAGGGAUGUCUCUGGACAAGAGACCAGGAGAAGGCCUAAGGAUUUUCUGGGGGAGCACUGACAGGUGGUCUCUAUUGUCUCGUUGGAACCCGUGGUCCACUGAGGUUCCCUAUGCUACCUUCACUGAGCAUCCAAUGAAACAGACCAGUGAGAAGUUCCUUGAGAUCUGUAAGUUGUCUGGGUUCACAUCUAAGCUUCUUCCAGCUCUUGAGAAUGCCCACAAGAAUUCUGCUGGAUCUGGAAGUGGAAAGGAACUGAUGGUGUUAACCCAACCGAUCCUCAUUGAGACCUACACAGGGCUCAUGUCAUUCAUCGGAAACCGCAACAAACUUGGCUAUUCCCUUGCUCGUGGGAGUAUUGGCUUUUGA